AUGAGCACCACUACGAGUCUAACCACAGCAGUGUCGUUUCUCUCGCUUGCUAGAUCCAAAGUCGCGGAGGACGGGCUUGCGAGGCAGUUCAUGCUGCAGGUGGACGGGCUGGGGAAGAUUGAUGCGAUUGCAGAGGUGAAGCGGUGGUAUUUGGACGAGCAACGAGUGAAGCGGGGGGAGAGUGAGGCGCUGCGGACGAGUGUGGCGAUAGAUGGGGAUGAGUGGGUGGAUGAUAAGCAGUUCGUGGCAUGGGUGCAGGGCACGAGGAGGAAUGCGGAGGGGUUCAGGAGGAGGGUGAUGAGUCUGAGGGGAGGGAGGCUGGCGGCGGUGCUGACGAGGGAGAGGGACGCCGGGAGCAUUGCGGACGGGCUGGCACAGGCUGUGUCGAGCGUGCUGCAGGCGCUCCCUGCUAAUGCGCGCAAAGACGCUGCUGCCAAGCUCGCCCAAGUGCUGGGUCAGCAGUGA